CCCUUCAUGCAUUAUUCGCAUGAUUACUUAUACUUACUUUCGACCGCAUCUUAGACCUGCUGAAUACAAAAGGUCGAGGUUGGCAAGGAACGAGAGGACAGUGAAUCGUGCAUAUGGUGGUGUUCUAUCUGGAGUAGCUGUUAGGGAGAGGAUUGUCAGGGCCGCCUUGGUGGAAGAGAAAAAGAUUGUUAAGAAGGUUUUGAAGCUUCAAAAGGCAAAGGUUCUGAUUCAUUUGGCAUUGCGACAACCUGUUCUGUUGAGUAACUGUGAUUAUGAUCACAAAACUAUUCUGUAUGAUGGGAUUUUUCCCAAACUUAGUGAUUUAUCCAAGAGCCCCAUUGAUAGUCAUUUAAACUUUCCAAGCACAAACUGUGAUGCAGAUUUGCUUGCAACAGAUCAAGACGUCUACGCUUAAAUGGUGUAUCAGAAUUAUGUAGAGCAAGUUCAUAUGUUUGACAAGAAAACUCUCUUUUUUCGAUAUGGUUAAACUCGGGGUUGAAAUCAUUUUUGAGGAACCCUCUGGUGUUGAACAUGGAUGGCUCUUGAAAUAGUUAGUUAAUGAAGUUUUGUUCUCUGUGUGUUGGUGUUGUAAUCAAUAUUUUUGAAAACU